AUGAACGGAGACUUCAGCCUGUCCCAAGCGCUUGGCGGCUUACGAAUCGCCAACCUCGACGAUGACGACUCCGUCCACUCGACCGAGAACGAUCAGACAACCCCCGAUGCUCCCGCCAAUCAGUCCUCUGCGAGCCAUCAAGACGCAACAACGAACAAUGCCCCCCAGACGACUUCUCCCCAGCCUGCACAGCCUGCACAGCCUCCUUCUCAGCGGACACCGUUGGACCUAGAACGGCAGGUUACCCCUCAAGACCCCCCGCAGCGCCCGCCCCAUACCUACGAAACCGCCGCCGCGAUCCUCAAGAAUGCCCAAGACAACCUCAGCGCCCGCGGUUAUCCCCCAACUAGUCAACAAUUGCCAGCAGGAAAUGGAAACUGGCCACCAAACGCAAGACCUACUCCCGGAGGGGCACUACAGUCAAUGGAGGGCGAUCCGCAGCGGGGAGCAUACCACCCACAUGGACACGGGACUGCAUAUGGGGACCUACGGAACGAGCUAAGGAACGAAAUCCAGACCGACACGUCUCGGACUUCUCUAUACGGCGUGCCCACGAUUUCGAGGAGCGAGUCUAGGCGUGCGCCCCCUGGUGCCCCCACACGAGAGCCGAGUCGAUCAUACCGCCAAGGCCGGCCCGGUCCCGGUCCUCCCAUGGGCGUCGAUCCCAACGGCGCGUUGCCUCCUAGGAGGAGCUCACGCGGGGUUCAAGGAGGAUAUUCUCAGAUCCCGGGCAUCCCCGUAGCCGCGCCGGGCACCUAUACGUCAGAAGCGCGGCUGGGAGAAGUACCACCCAUGCUCUCCACCAGCAGCGAGGAAUGGAAAGACCGGGGUGCGGCAGUCGGCGUUAGGAGAGAGGUGGAUGCCGAUGGGAGGGUGACAAUGAAGCCGGUCAAGAAAGGAGUGCGCGACUUCACCUUUGGGAGGAUAUUGGGAGAGGGCUCCUACAGCACGGUUUACCUUGCGACCGAUCGCCAAACCCUGAGAGAAUACGCCGUCAAGGUCCUAGAGAAGAAGCACAUCAUCAAGGAGAAGAAGAUCAAAUACGUCAAUAUCGAGAAGAACACGCUGAACCGGCUGACCGAGCACCCGGGUAUCGUCCGCUUGUAUUACACCUUCCAGGACGAGACUUCGCUGUAUUACGUCCUCGAUCUAUGUACUGGCGGAGAGCUGCUGGGCGUGCUCAAGAAGGCGGGGACGUUCGACGUGGAAUGCACCAGGUUCUAUGGCGCCCAAAUAUUGGACGCUAUCGACUACAUGCACUCGAGAGGUAUCAUCCACCGUGAUCUGAAGCCCGAGAACGUGCUCCUGGACGAACAGAUGCACGUCAAAAUCACCGACUUUGGCACUGCCAAGCUACUGCGAGACCCUCGAGAUCCCAGACCACCAGAGGAAACACCCGGGCAAAGUGGCGAGGAUGACGAGCGAGCGGCCUCGUUUGUUGGUACCGCUGAAUACGUGAGCCCCGAACUCCUGACGGAAAAAUCGGCGAGCACAGCAAGCGACAUAUGGGCCUUUGGAUGCAUUAUCUACCAACUCCUCGCCGGUCGGCCUCCCUUUAAAGCAGGAACCGAGUAUCUUACUUUCCAAAAGAUCGUCAAACUCGAGUACGAAUUCCCGCCUGGUUUCCCACCUGCCGCGCGCGAUUUGGUAGAACGAUGUCUUGUGCUGGACCCGGCUCAGCGCUUCACGGUGGAGCACAUCAAGAAGCACGAGUUCUUUGCCGGACAAAUGUUUGGCAAGGAACUGUGGAGGAUGAAGGCACCGCGGCUGAGGCCGUACGUACCAGGAUCCCAGGAGCAGCAACCGCAAAUGAUGCAUUUGGGCGGAGGUGGGUCGAAUUCGAAUCAUAAUCAUCACUCUAUGCCCAUGGGCAACCCAAGCUCAACCAGAGGCAACACCACCACUCAAGGGGGACCGGCCAAUAACAACGUCAACCGACCUGCUAGGAUCAUCACCGAACUACCGCCUCCUACGCAACUGGAUCUUGACUGGUCACCCGUAUUGACCAAAAACAACGAGCGCAUCCUUAAGCUGGGCGACCUGAUGGUCGUGUCAUCGCCGAUACCGCACAGCCCACACGGCAAGGAAGGCGGAGAAGGGCAUAAGAAGUUGGCUCGCUUCUUUGGCGGCAGUACCACCAAGAAGAGACAGCGGCUUGUCAUGAUCACCUCGAGCGGCCGUAUCGUGUUUGCGCCAGCCGGCGGCGAGGAGAAGAAGGCGAAACAGGAGAUUUCGCUUCUGGCUUCGGAUUGCACGUGGAAAGCCCAAAUCGACGCUAAGGGCCAGCCGGUUUGGUGUGUCGACACGGGCGGCGUACACUACACCUUUGAAGAACCCAAGUCCUCGGAAAAACAACACAAAGACAAAUCCGACAAAUCAUCAGACGGAGGAGCAGGAAGAGACGGUGGCAACAACAGCAGCAGCAGCAAGUCUACAGUAGACGAGUGGAUCGAGUCGCUGGAGCGGGCCAAGGACCUGGCGCUUUCCCAAAACCUGGUAGGUUCCAACGACAACUUUGGAGACAUGUCCAUGUCGUCCAGCCCGGCGGGUUCCAUGGUGAAUAUCGGUGGCGGAGGUGGACAUCAUCACAAUGGAAGGGGACAUGGAAACUUUAGUGGCGGAGAGGGCGGGUACAGCAUCAGUGACCGAUCGGGCCGCAAUCAGCUGACCAAGAGUCAGGCGAGCCUGGAUGAUAGCAGCAGUGUUACAAAGCGCAAUCGGUUUAGUCGGAGGCAGUCGAAGAAUGGGUUGGGGGCUGCGUUUUGA